AUGAAACAGGUACACAAGCAAACGGGCUUAAGUCACAGACGCGAUGAAGAGAUGGCGAGUGCACAAUCACAAUCGCCACCUUAUUCACCCAAAGCACCAAAGCACCCAAGAUCCAUUAACUACCUUUUGCGAGAGCGGAGGCUUUUGUUCAUCUUAGUCGGCAUCUUGAUCGGGUCAUCAUUCUUCAUUAUCCAACCCGCCCUCACUUCUCCGGAGCCCCGUCCCUUACUAUCCGGAUCUGCCACUUUCCCCUCCCACGACGUCGUAUCGGGCAGGGUCCCAGUCGGAAUCAACGGCCGCCGCCUCAGGAUCGUGGUUACCGGCGGAGCCGGUUUCGUUGGGAGCCACCUCGUGGACAAGCUCAUUGCCAGAGGGAACGACGUGAUUGUGAUUGAUAAUUUCUUCACUGGGAGGAAGGAGAACCUGGUGCACUUGUUUGGGAACCCGAGGUUCGAGCUUAUUCGUCACGAUGUGGUGGAUCCUAUCCUGUUAGAGGUGGAUCAGAUUUAUCACCUCGCUUGCCCUGCCUCACCCGUGCAUUACAAGUACAAUCCCGUUAAGACCAUUAAGACCAAUGUGAUGGGUACCCUUAACCUGUUGGGCCUUGCAAAGAGGAUUGGGGCUAGGUUUCUGCUUACUAGUACCAGUGAGGUUUAUGGGGAUCCGCUGGAGCAUCCCCAGAAAGAGACCUACUGGGGGAAUGUCAAUCCAAUAGGUGAGAGGAGUUGUUAUGAUGAAGGAAAGCGGACUGCAGAAACCUUAACCAUGGAUUAUCAUCGAGGUGCUGGCGUUGAGGUUCGUAUUGCUCGAAUUUUCAACACAUAUGGGCCCCGCAUGUGUUUAGAUGACGGGCGUGUUGUUAGCAAUUUUGUUGCACAGGCUAUUCGCAAACAACCAUUGACUGUAUAUGGUGAUGGGAAGCAAACAAGAAGCUUCCAAUACGUAUCUGAUUUGGUUAAUGGGCUGGUAGCUUUGAUGGAUGGUGAACAUGUGGGACCUUUCAACCUCGGUAACCCAGGAGAGUUUACCAUGUUAGAGCUUGCUCAGGUUGUCAAAGAAACAAUUGAUUCAAGUGCUACUAUAGAAUACAAACCAAAUACUGCUGAUGAUCCACAUAUGAGGAAGCCAGAUAUUAGCAAAGCAAAGGAAUUGCUGAACUGGGAGCCAAAAGUCUCACUAAGAGAAGGAUUGCCUCUUAUGAUUAGUGAUUUCCGGAAUCGGAUUUUGAAUGAUAGCAUGGAUCAAGCCUCAUCCUCUUCCUCUUCCUCUUCCCCUUCUUCCAACACCAUUCAAUUCGGGGGUAGAGCCAUUGAUCGCCACAACCCCAUCAUCACAGAUUCAAGAAGAACCCCCUCCAGAGAUCUCAAUGCCCCUAGUUCUUCUUCUAAGCCACCCAUCGUCCCCAAACCUUUCCAUAAGGCCAAGAAAAACUCUACCCCAAAGCCAAGUGAACAGAAAAAGAAAAAUGCAUCAAAGGGUCAAGAUCAGAAGAAGAAGAAGAAAAGUGCAGCAGAAAAGCUCACUAAACUUAUUACCAACAAUUACUCUUCUAAACCAGUUGAUAGUAUUCCGCAGAGGAGUUGGGUGAGGCCUCAUUCUGAUAUAAUCACUCCUCAUGGUUCAUCAAGAUAUUUGCUCAGUGACACUGCUUCCUCUGUCGGUGCAUUAGAUUAUGAUCCUGUUUUGGCUUUAACCAAGGUUGAUAACGAAAAGGCUCAAGUUGUUCAUCAAGAUGAAAUCAACCAUUCAUCUAAACCCUCUAGCUGUUCUCCUCCAAAAUCUGGUUCCUCAAACCAGGUUGUGGUAUUGAGGGUUUCUCUGCACUGUAAAGGUUGUGAAGGGAAGGUGAGGAAACAUCUCUCUAGAAUGAAAGGAGUUACGUCCUUCGACAUAGACUUUAAGGCAAAGAAGGUUACAGUAGUUGGCGAUGUGAUUCCAUUGAGCGUAUUGGCAAGCAUAUCAAAGGUGAAGAAUGCACAAUUUUGGCCAGCCUCUGCUUCAGCAGUUGAAUCUGAUAGCGCAGAAACAAGGAAAACAAAUUUGAUCUAACUGAAGAGGAAAGUAGGCCAUUGUUGUAUGCUUUUGAGUCUGAAUUGGGUAGUAAUUUAAUUAGUGUAAAUGAAAUGUUAGCAAGUGCAGCUGUGGCUUUGUAGGCGAUGAUAACUAUUAAGAGUUAAAAGGAACCUGUUUUUUUUUUUUUUAAGGAUGGGUCUAAUUUCUCUAGAAAAAAUUUACUAUAUUUAAAUCUGCCAAACAUUCGACCCUGAUGUUAACCAAGUGAAAAUAAAAAAUAAAAAAUUGCACAAUAAC